AUGCGGUCUGUUGAGCCUGCAUCGGGAGCGUCGUUUGCUGCCAUAGACAAUCCCCAACUACAGCAGCAGCAACCCUUUGACAUCCCCCCAGAGUUCUCAGAUAUCAGGGGCCCCAUAUAUCUCACAGCCCAGACACUGAUUCAACAGGUCGCCUACGCCCUCUCUGAUAAGCUCUUUACCUACUCGCCAGAUACUUUCGACCUGGACGUCGCCGUCAAGCAAUGGGCGGCUCAGGUUCAGCUCAACGCCAAUGGCUCUCCCACCGCGGUCCAGUCAAUGCAGACCCGCGUAGGUGCUGGUGCCAUUACUCUGGGCUACAUCUUCUCCAAGGACUUUGACCUGAAAAGGCGGCACAUUCCGCAGUCGAUCAUUGCCUCGUCUGCUACCUUGCAGUACCUGCGACCGGCUCUGGAGCAGCUCUCGUUGCUCUAUUCGGUUGCCAAUCCUGUUGUUGCUCAUGUUGCCGCGGUGGACUAUACUGGCGGUGUGGCUGGUGGUCUUGUUGCCGACUACACUGCCUCCCUGGCUCUUGCGGAGGAAUUGGGUCUGGGCCUGGUUGCGAGUUUCUCCGCCCACGAAUCUCAGCAUAUGGCUCUUUUCUCGACUCUGUUGGCCAGUACGCUGCCGACUAUUCAUAUCUACGAUGGUGUAAGAGUCGGAAGGGAGAUCACCCAGGUUGCUGAUGUCCUCGAUCUGUCGGGCCUCAGUGUUGUGCACCAGAAAGUGCUGCAGCAAUUGGCUUCGGAUCCCGACCGUAAUCAUUUAGAUGCUGAGGGCAAACUGCUGCGCUUGCUCAAGGCCUUUAAUGGCCAAUUGGGCACAAGCUACAGCCCCUUUGAAUACAGUGGACACCCGGAGGCAACCUCCGUUCUAGUAUCCUUUGGCACCGUCGAGUCCUCGUUGGCUUCUCAGAUUGCCGCAUCCCUCGCCAAGGGUGGUGCUCGUGUUGGCGUGGUCAAUGUGAGGGUUUACAGGCCAUUUGUCGAGGAAUCAUUCUUGGGUGCACUGCCAAAGACUACCAAAGUCGUCGGGGUCCUGGGGCAAGUUCAGGCUGAUUUGGCCGUCCAGGAAGACGGCGUACACUCUGCACUCUACGAGGACGUCCUGGCUGCGUUAACCUUUGGGAGUGGCUUCCAUACUGUCCCCCAAUGUGUUGAUAUUAAAUACGCUCCCUCGCAUUCAUGGACCCCUGCGAGCAUCGCUGCUGCUUUCCAGAAAAUUGCAAAUGAACCGCUACUAUUACAAGGUGGCCAAGAUGCCCUGGACAUCUCGGCAAAUUCUUUGCAGCUGCUCUCCCCUUCCGUCGUCCAGCAAUAUACCUUCUGGGACACAGACGACUCUGCAACAAACGCAGGUGCUAUUGCUCUUGGUCAGGCCUUUGCAAGGGAUUCUACUUGCAAAGUUACCACGAACGUAUUCUACGAUAAUCUUGUCCAGGGAGGAAUUACCCGUACUGAUAUCCGGAAGAGUCCUCGAAGUAUUGAUGCACCUUUUGCGAUUGACUCCGCCGAUGUUGUCUAUGUGGGCGAUAUCAAGCUCCUAUCUGAGCUAGACAUACCAAGCAGCACCAAGGAUUCGGGAAAGAUCAUUGUCAAAUCUUCAGGGUUGAAGGACGAGGACUUGGAGAAGAAACUUCCGCAUUCAUUCAGAUUAGCAAUUGCGAAAAGUGGAAUAUCACUUCUUAUCCUGGACAUUCCUCCGUCCGAAGAGGCUAAUUUUGAAACUGCCAUUUUUAAAGCUGCCUUUUUGCGAGUUGCCUUACCCGGUCUCGAUGUUAUUGAAGCUAAGAAGCUAGCUUUGGCGCUGGGAGACACAGAAGGACUCUCCAAAGCAACAGAAAUUCUGGAGACAGUUCUCCGGACGGUUGAGAUCCCGGGCUCGUGGGCAUCAUCUGCGGAAAACGAUCCAGACGGCGCUUCAACCAAACUUCCCGUUGAUGUUCACGCCACUAGUUUUACUUCAUUUAACAAAUCGAAUGACGAGGAGCCCUCAAUCCUCAGAGACUGGCAAGAUGUGGCGAAAGCUUUAGUUUUCAAGGAGGCUUAUGGGGCCACGUCCGCACUGCGCCCCGACCUUGCAGCUAAGACCUUCACGAUCCACGUCAGCGAGAAUCGACGUCUGACUCCCAAGACCUACGAUCGUAACAUCUUCCACAUCGAGUUUGACUUGGGAGACUCCGGCCUCAAGUACGACCUUGGUGAAGCGCUUGGUAUCCAUGCUGAAAAUAACCCUGCGGACGUGGAACAAUUCAUCAAGCUCUACGGUUUGGACCAAGACGCCAUUGCCGAGGUCCCCUCCCGCGAAGACCCAUCCAUCUUAGAAUGCCGGACCGUCUACCAGGCCCUGAUUCACAACAUCGACAUCUUUGGCCGCCCGCCAAAACGCUUCUAUGAAUCUCUCGCUGCUUUCGCCACGGAUGACAAAGAGCGCAAACACCUUCUCUCCCUCGGCGGCGCUGAGGGCGCGGAAGAGUUCAAACAGAGGGCAGAAGUAGACACCCUCACCUUCGCCGAUCUCCUCUUGGAGUUCCCCUCCGCCCACCCCUCUUUCCCAGACCUCCUCCGAAUAGUCUCCCCCAUGAAACGCCGCGAAUACUCCAUCGCUUCUUGCCAGCAGGUAACCCCCACCUCCGUGGCUCUCAUGAUCGUCGUCGUCAAUUGGGUCGACUCCGCCGGCCGCACGCGCUAUGGCCAGGCCUCCCACUACCUCAGCAAUCUCAAGCCCGGCACCCCAGUCACCGCCAGCGUCAAGCCGAGCGUGAUGAAACUUCCCCCCAAGUCCACGCAGCCCAUCAUCAUGGCUGGCCUGGGGACUGGCCUGGCCCCGUUCCGCGCCUUCGUCCAGCACCGCGCCAUGGAGAAGGCGCAGGGGAAAGAUAUUGGCUCCGUGCUCCUCUACAUGGGCUCGCGCCAUCAGCGCGAGGAAUACUGCUACGGCGAGGAGUGGGAGGCGUACCAGGCCGCAGGCGUGAUCACGCUGCUCGGCCGCGCCUUCAGUCGCGAUCAGCCGCAGAAGAUCUACAUCCAGGACCGCAUGCGCCAGACGCUGCCGGAGAUUACCCAGGCGUACAUUCGGGAGCAGGGGGCAUUUUACCUGUGUGGACCGACGUGGCCGGUUCCGGACGUUACCGCGGUGUUGGAGGAGGCGAUUGCGAUAGAGGCGAAGGAGGCGGGGUUGGGGAAGAAGGUAGACCCGCGGAAGGAGAUUGAGAAGCUGAAGGAUGAUUUGAGGUGCGAGGAGGUCGGAUAA